AUGAUUUUUGAACAUCAUCAUUAUUUACAUUUUCGUAUUCUUGCCAUUAGUUGUAAUAAUAUAUCUUUAAUGAAUACUUCAACAAGAAUAACAACAAAUCGAAUGUUACAUAUGAAUUCAUUUAUCAUCCUUAGCUUUUGUAUAUUGAGUUCUAUUCUUUUAUGUCUAUAUGCUAUAUUUCACAAUCGACAAUCAAUAUCAUUGUCAUCAAUAAUUAAACAAAAGAUAAAUAGAAAAUCUUUUCAUUUUGAUAAAGAACAAUUAUUGAAAAGAAAAAAACGAGAACAAAACAUAUUAACAAUUAAUGAUAGUAGUAGUACCAGUUCAACUGUUAUUACACAACAAACAAAUUCUAUUUCAUGGAAAACAAAUAGUUCAAAUAAAUCAAAUUCAUCUUUUUAA